AUGUCUAAGUUGCUACAGCCGGAUGCCGGCACCAAGCUACCAGCUCAAGUCAAAAUUGUCCACCCACUUCUGGGGGUAUCAAGCGUCGAUCCGUUGGGCCUAGGACUCACCUGGCACAAUACAAUUCAAGUCUCAACACUUCUCUCGCUUGUCGACCAGAAUGUAUCACUACCCGGUCUCUUUCCACCCGCUGGUUACGUCAAGAUCGUUGCUGAGGCAUGUCUCAAAUUGUCUGGAUCAAGGAUUGUCCGAAAAUUUGAACUUGACGACUUUUUCAUCGAAAACGACAUCACCGUGGCCAGAGGUGAGGACCAAGUUCAGAUUAUCCUUGAACUUCAGUCUACUGGUAGCCAUGAGAGACACGGAGACAGGACAGACUUCUUUAAUUUUCGGAUUAGAUCAAAUUACGCUGGUGCGAACAAGCUGAACGCACUGGGAUGCUUGCGUCUGAGGAGCUCUGAUGGGUACAAAAGUCUAUCUCUAAUCACGAAGGCCGUUGAUCAAGACCUACCGAUCCAACAUAGUUCUGGCUACAUAGCAGGGACUCCAGCCUCAUCAGCUACUUAUUCUAGUGACUCUGCUACCAAUUCAAUGGCCUUCUCUUUACCUAAAAAGACAAAUCAAGGCAGAAAGCCUGAUGAUUCCUCUUCAUUUUCUCAUGACACUGUGGGAUCAGCAAGAGACCCAAAACUAAUCAACAAUGAGGUGAUUCAGGUGACGCCGCCACCCUCAAAAAUCAUCAAGUCUCUUCCAAUGUCUUUUGGUCAAUCUGGUUUUUGGUUCAUGACGCAAUUUGUAGAUGAUCCAACCUUUUUUAACGGGACUGUUUCAUUUCUAAUAACCACAAACCUCAACAUUGAGGUACUUGCGGGCCUCGUGCGCGAAAUGGGUAGACGGCAUGAAGGGCUGAGGACUGCAUUUUUGACUGACGACUCAAACCAGCCCAAACAGGGCGUCUUGGAGGAGUCUCCACUAUACUUGGAGACGAAGAUUAUCAAGGCUCAAGAUCAAGUACGCACGGAAAUCGACGCCAUGAACAAGCACGUGUACAACCUUGCAAAAGGUGAAACAUUGAGACUUCUACUUCUCACGGAGUCACCAAUCAGGCAUCAUUUAAUAGUCGGCUAUCACCACAUCAAUAUUGAUGGAAUGAGCAUAAUAGCGAUAACUGACGAUCUCAGGCUAACUUAUGAGGGAACCAAAUUGCCACCGCCGUUCCAACAGAAUGAGUUUGCCAGUAGACAGCAUGAUCGGCUUCGUACGGGGCAAUAUGCAGAUGAUAUCUUGUUUUGGAAGAACGAGUUUGAGGAUCUUCCAGAGAUUUUACCCAUUCUACCCCUCUCACCAAACACACUUCGAUCUCGCCCGGCGACAAGAACAACCUACCGCCAUGUAAGAGCAGAGAGGCGGCUAAACUCUGCCACUACCGCUCGACUCCAAGAACUUCGAAAACGAGGAUACAUACAGUCUCCAUUCAACUUUUAUGUGACGGUCUUUCAAAUUCUUCUCGGCCGGCUAACUGAAUCCGAGGAUGUCUGUAUUGGCGUUGCCAGCGCAAACAGGCAUAACGAUCCUGGUUCAGAUAGUAGUGUGGGCAUAUUCUUGAAUCUGUUUCCCCUGCGGCUACGUUCACAGCUUUCGAAAUCGUUCAUCUCUCUACUUAACGAAAACAAAGCUAAAGGUCUGGCUUGCUUGAACCAUUCUGCGGUGCCAUUUGACAUAAUUCUAGACGAGGUUGGGGCUAUCCGACAUCCGUCUCAUAGCCCUCUCUUCCAAGCAUUCAUCAAUUACAUCCCAACCAGAGAAAACAGGUCAUUUGGAGACGGUAUAAUAGAAAAUAGAGAGUAUGAGAUCGGAGAAACCAUGUACGACAUCAUGUUGGCAAUUAUUGACCCACCAGCUGGCGACCCAUGGAUAGCCAUCAUGGUUCAGAAAGAGCUCUACACUGAGCAUGAAGCACAAGUCUUGCUGGAUUGUUUCAUGAACCUUGCAGACGCUUUUACUGGUGAUGUACACCUCCCUGGGCGUCAACCGCAAAUGUUUAAUGAUCUUGCGGUUCAUAAGGCAAUCCAAUUAGGCCAAGGAGCCAGCCUUGACAUUGAAUUUGGGCCUCUCAUUGGAUACCUAGACAGCAUCUCCGCCAGACUCGUUGAACAGGUCGCACUCAAGGAUACAUAUGGCGGCAUGCUUUCUUAUGUCGAAAUGAUGGAAAGGUCCACUCAAAUUGCCCAUGAACUUUCCAUUUUGGGUAUCCCCAAAGGAUCUCGAAUUGGGGUUCUCCAAGAACCUACUGUGGAUUGGAUAUGCUCCAUGCUUGGAAUCUGGCGGUUUGGCGCGAGUUAUGUUCCUCUGGAAGUCACUCAGGGUGCUGGACGCCUAAAAUCAAUUGUUGAAGACGCCAAUCUCGCCGCUAUUCUAGUUCACGAUGCGACUCAAGUUCUCUACAAGGAUAUAGACGUCGCGCAAGCUACACCCGUAAUCAAUGUUGAUACAAUCAGUGAGAAUGGGGAGGCGGUUGGCUCCCCUUUCUACAACGCUGAUCCUACGGAAGAGGCGAUUAUAUUAUACACUAGUGGCUCUACAGGUACGCCAAAGGGAAUUUCUCUACCUCAUCGAAUGGUAACAAACACCAUCAAGGGAUUUCUUGAAACCUUUCCAAUGAAGCCUCAAACUGUCCUUCAACAGAUUGCCCUAAGCUUUGAUGUGUCCUGGUGGCAGUCUUUGCUUGGACUUGCUACUGGUGGAACUGUUGUUGUCGCUGGGAAGGUUGUUCGAAAGGAUCCCAUUGCACUUACCAAGCUGAUCACUUCACAAAUGAUCACACUCACGCUUGCAGUACCCUCAGAGGCUAUGUCUUGGCUCCAAUACGGAGACUUACAACAGCUACGCGAGUCUGUAUGGGAAUGGCACAUAUCUGCAGGCGAGGAAAUUAGCAACAACCUUAUUGAAAAGCUAAAAGCAGUACAGAAGCCGGACCUGCGGUUCAUGAAUGCUUACGGUCCCGCAGAGACAAUCGUCCCGCAUGCCUACGAAGUUCCAUACUGGAACUCCGGUCUAGCUCUCUCUCCUGUGCCCAUCGGCAAGGUCUUGCCUAAUUACAGUGUAUACAUCAUGGAUAUAGACAACCAUCCACUUCCCGCAGGUGUCCCGGGCCAAAUCGUUAUUGGAGGAGCUGGUGUUGCUUUGGGCUAUAUCAAUCAACCAGAGCUUACAGCAGCUAAAUUUCCUGAGGACAUACUUGCUAGCAGUCGUUCCAUGGCGAAUGGGUGGAAUCAUGCUCAUCUAAGUGGUGACCGUGGUUACAUGAGAGAAGAUGGCGUCUUUGUUGCACUGGGUCGAAUGAAUGGCGAUACGCAGGUUAAAUUACGAGGACAGCGGUUUGAGUUACGAGAAGUUGAAGCAGCGGUGCUUGCUGACGGCAAAGGGGAUAUUUCAGAGGCUAUUGCUCAUAUUCGGCACCAAAACGACAGGGACGCCGCUUCCGCUUUCCUUGUUGCACAUGUUGUCCUUGCUACGGAAAUCCAGCAGAGGUAUGGCACAAACGGCCCCGUUAUCGACAGCAUGCUUCGAAACGUGAUCUCUAAUCUCGCUUUACCACAAUACAUGCGUCCGUCAAUUGUGGUGUCCUUGCCAUCCAUGCCUCUAAACCAUCAUGGGAAAAUUGAUCGAAAACUUCUCUCCAAGUCACCGCUCAAGAACCCAGCUGAGGUCUCUAAAACAUUACCCUCCCCGGAACAAAACAGAAGCACACAGUUUCUGCAUGACAUCGAAGAUAUAUGGAGAGACGCCUUGGGAGAUCUCGUCGCCGGACAGGCUCUGGAGAAAAAUUCUGACUUCUUCCUUGUAGGCGGUAAUUCGUUACUGCUGAUCAAAGUCCAAAACAAGAUCAAUGAGCGCACUGGUCAAAACAUCCCCUUGGUGAACUUAUUCGAGGCCAGCACUCUGGGGAAAAUGGCGAGUUUACUCGUUGAAAAUGGCGAGCACUAUAGGGAACGGCCCACGAGAACUUCUACCGGAGAUAAAAUGAAGCAAAUCUGGGUCUCUGUACUUGGCGGGAUAGUGACAGAGGACGAUAUUGGAUUUGACUCUGAUUUUUUUCUGGUUGGUGGAAACUCAUUACUCCUCAUACGUAUACAAAACGAGGUUCAUAAAGAAUUUGGUAUUCUCCUUCCACUAGCUAAGUUAUUCGAAGCAAGCACAUUGGAGGGGAUGUCGAGGCUCCUGGAGUCCUUGGCAACUGAAAACGAUAUUUUCCACCAAUCCAUCACCGAUGUCAACUGGCAAGAGGAAGUAGCAUUCAAAGAAAUGCGUCCAAGCUUCGUGGCGAGCCUCAAGGAUCAUAUUCCUGUUGACGGGUCCCCUAGUGGAGUUACGGUGGCGCUGACAGGGGCAACAGGAUUCCUUGGAAGGCAUAUCCUGCAGAAGCUUCUUAACGAUAGUGUGGUUGAUACAGUGCAUUGUAUCGCUGUUCGAGAUACCUCAAAGCUCCUCAUUAACUCUCCAAAGGUCAUAGUUCACCCUGGUGAUCUGAGGGACCCAAACCUAGGGCUUGGAGAAGAUACCGCGAGGCACAUCUUUUCUAAACUUUCUGUGAUAAUUCACAAUGGUGCUGACGUCUCAUUUCUUCGAAGCUACCUAACUCUUCGUACAGCAAAUGUUCUUUCGACUAAAGCCCUUGUGCGGAUGGCCAUACAAUACUCCGUUAACAGGCCAUUACCGCAUUUCCAUUUCGUCUCAACCGCCGGUGUUGCUCAGCUUGGAACGUGUGAGCUAUACGAAGAGUCACUUCCUGUACCUCAACCUCAAAUGGAUGCAAAUGGUUAUGUUGCGUCGAAAUGGGCAUCGGAGAAAUAUCUUGAAAAUGCGCAUGUCUCUUCCACGCUGCCUGUCACCAUCCAUAGGCCGAGCUAUGUCGUUGGACCUGAUGCGCCCCAAUUCGAUGUAAUGCACAACAUUCUGAACUUUGCAGAAAAAUUGAGGAGUGUGCCUCGAAUGCCAUCUGUAGAUAGAUGGCUACAGUUUGUGGGGAUCGACGAAGUGUCACAAGGCAUCACAGCCGACGUGCUGAUGAGAGAAAACCCCCCAAAAACGCACGUGCAAUAUCGAAACCAUUGCGGCGCAGAGAGCGACUGGGUGCGGUUGGAUCAACUUGGAUUCUAUUUAGAGAGGCAGCACGGUGGGAGUUUUCCCAAGGUCGAUUUUACACAAUGGAUCGACUCUGCUGGAAUGGCUGGGAUGCCAACGCAGGUGAAGGAAUACCUGAUCAAUCUUAUAACAAAUAACACCAGCGACCGGAGUUGGGUCUCUCCUCGUGUCUUCAAAGGACCGCGAAAUAUGCACGCUCCAUGGAGAAGGCGAGGAAGACUUUAA